AUGGAGGAGAAUCGAACUCUAACCUACGAAUCCUUCGAUGAACGACUCACAAUUCAGAUGUGGCAUGCUCAGGUUGGAAAAAAUGAUGCAACUACGUGGCAUAUUCAAAUAUUUGCAGAGAAAUGUAAAAAGAGUCACAUUAUAUUUACAAGAGCCACGACACGUCGAAGAUAUUGCUGGAAGUAUGGAGGACGAGUGGGAUUGCAUUGAAGAAUGGUAGGGAAAGUGGCAAUUAUUCAUCAUUUCAACCGAAAAUGGGCGCUACAACGAAGUAGAACUCGCACGGAAUGGAACUGUUACGAUUUGGAACUCGCAACGUUAAGAUGCAACUGCGAGUUCCAAAUCAUAACAGUUCUAUUCCAUGCGAGUUCUACUUCGUUGAAGCGCCCAAAAACGAUGUACUCCGUCAAGAUUACUCGGAAUUUUGAAAAAAGCAGGUGAAAAAGGACGAUUGUGUUGUAUAAUUAGUGCAAAAGUAAAACAAAGUAUAGCUAAAGUUAACACAUUAAAAAUCGAACUAAAAAACUGAUAUGUACGUAAAAAACCGCAACUGACUCACUAACUGUGUGUUGAAAGAAAACAGCGUUAAAGAUCGAAACGAUUGGGUGUUAAAUACCCAUUCACAUCCGAAAACCCUAAUAAAACGAACGUGACUGCGAUCGCCGCAUUUCACACUCUUUUUCUGAGAUCCCAGCGCAAAAGUCGAGGAUAAAUGAGCUUUUUAGAUGUUUACUAACAAAAAAACAGGAAUAGUCAGUGAAAAAUAACGGUCACUUAAAUUUCAGUGUAAACCGACGGAAAGGAAGCGACCGUCUUCGCACCGCCUCUGUUGCCAUCAUUAUGUGUCUCCACCUGGGAGUCGAUCCGCCGGAUGCUCCUCCUCGCAAGGAAGCGCCCGCCCGUCUCAUCUCUUGGGUCGAUCCGUACAAGUGUGGCGCCCAUAAGGCGGCCACAGAGAUCGGAUCGGCAACGCAAAAAGCAUACGAGAAAUGGCAGCCGAAGUCAAAGUAAGCGGAAAUUAUGGGGGAGCGGGAUGAAAACACAGUUCAGUUCUAGGACUCGCUAUAAAAUUUGUACGGAUCCGCCAAUAGAUGACGUCAGAAAAGUGACGACGAACCUGAGAAGAAUAAGUGGAAACGAUCGGGUUCUGUUCCAUUACAACGGACACGGAGUCCCGCGACCCACUGACAACGGAGAGAUUUGGGUGUUCAACAAAAGUUUUACACAGGUUUGUUUACGAAAAAUAGAAACAAGUUGGGCCUAAAAUGUGCGGUCUUUGUAGUAGACAUAGAGAAAAGAAAAAAAAGUGAUGAAACUAAUUAGAACAAACACAGUUUUCACUCGAGAAUACGAGCGAUUUUCAAAAUCGAUGAAAAACAGUAAAAUGCAUGCGAAAGUGAGCAAGCUGGGAGGGAGGGGCGUCCAAGCAGAAGGCGAGAGAGUGUGGGAUUCGAGGAGGGAAUAUUGUAGCCUAAGAUGUCAACAACACGGAUAGCGAAAUCAUUGAAUUCAUGUUUGUUUUUGAAUAAAACGGCGAAAACGAAUGUGAUUCAUAAAGGAGGAAAAAACGUACUCGAACACUUCGAGAAGCUUCCAGUGAAAAACGGUUUUCAGUACAUUCCGCUGUCGAUAUUCGACUUGCAAGGAUGGCUCGACUACCCCACAAUCUACAUCUGGGAAACUCAUUCCGCCGAAACAAUCGUCAAAAACUACAAAAGAUUCGGCGAAGAUCAGAAAUUGUAGGCUUUUUACAGAUUGAAAAGGAGACACGAUCCUUUUUCAGAUCUUGGCAGAGUCGAUUUGAUCGAUGGCAAGAGGAACAGAGAAAUCUGCCGCCGAUUUCGUCAAAAAUGAACGAUUGGGAUCAGGCAGAAGCCAUGGGAUUCCCAGAGAAGUAUCCAAGAUACAACGUACUGUUCUGCGAGUCUGAUCGCAAGAAUCGUCUUCGUUUCAGGACUGUAUUCACUUGGCCGCCUGCUCGACCGAUCAGUUCCUUCCGAUGUCUGAUCCUCUUCUGCCCGCCGACCUCUUCACUUCCUGUCUCACCACUCCGAUCCGCACGUCGCUGGCGUUCCAUCUCAGCCAAUCUGAGCAUCGAGAUGAGUAUCCUGAGGACAUUCUCGAUAGGAUUCCUGGCAGUCUGACGGAGAGACGAACAGUGCUCGGUGAGCUCAACUGGAUAUUCACUGCCAUCACGGACACGAUCGCGUUCACUUCCAUCGAUCGGGAGCACUUCCAGAAGCUGUUUCGUCAAGAUCUUCUCCUGGCGACGCUGUUCCGCAGCUUUCUCCUUGCUCAAAGAGUAAUGGGAAAGUUCAAUGUUGGUGAGUGAUGACUGCAUUCACGGAAAAAGGAAUCGAAACAAUUCGCUGAUUUCAGACCCUGUCUCUCAUCCAGCUCUCAAAAACACGAAGAAUCACGAUUUGUGGAGGUGCUGGGAUCAGACGAUGGACAUGGUUCUCGACUACGUCAGAGAGCUGAUGUACGUGAAAGAAACUGCUAAGGCACUCUUCUGUGGACGCGACGUCAUCAUGAGAAGCAAUGUUUUCCCGUUCCUCGGUGCGUUUUCGCUCUAGAAAUCCUUCGAAACGGCUCAAUCUUUCAGUGCUCAUCGACUUUGAACACGUGAUAACAUUCAACGACACGCUCCAGUACAACACGUUCUUCACUGAGCAACUGCAAGCCUUCGAACUGUGGCUGGACUACGGAGUCGACGAAGGAACGCCCCCUCUCCAGCUCCCGAUGGUUCUCCAAGUGCUUCUCAGUCAGGCUCAUCGUGUCAGAGCCCUCCGGCUUCUCGCCAGAUUUCUCGAUUUCGGACGUUGGGCCAUCGGAUACUCGCUCGCCGUCGGAAUCUUUCCGUACGUGCUCAAACUUCUGCAGAGCAACAUAAGUGACCUCAAAAUCUCGCUCGCGUUCAUUUGGGCGAAGAUUCUGGCAGUGGAUCCGUCCUGCCAGAUCGAGUUAUUCAACGAGUGCGUCGACGAAUCGGCCUCGCAGGCACAGUCUCCUCCGCAACAACCGGCGGUUCCUGCCGUGAAGCAGCCCGCUGGGUUCUCAAAUCAACAGGCAGCACCACCUCCGCAGUUGACGAUGGAUGUAAGCAUGAACUCCAAAAGUACCAACUAAAAGUUACAUUUCAGAAACGUGCUAUUCAAAUGGCUCAAACGGGCGGGCGCUUCCAGAAUAAUCAGAACCAGACGGUGGACAUGCAAUUGCAAUACGCUCAACAACGACAAAUGGAGUCUGGCGGACAGCACUCUCCGAAUCCGCAGCCUCGGCAGCAGCAGAGACCGCAGGGCAUCAUGAAACAGCCGAAUCCGCCCGUCGCCGAGAAGAAAACCAUACUCCGAUUCCAAUAUUUCCUCUCAUUGCUCGGUGAGCAAGACGUGAAACCGAAACAGAAGACUGUCGCCGCGUUUGUUCUCGCCCAGCUCACUUCCAACAAUUUCAAAUUGGCACAAAAGGAACUGACCACGAAAAACUAUCUCCCAAUGUGCAUAGAAUUGUUAUGUGACGAUGAUGCACGGUCUGUGAAACUUUUAAAAUUGUGGAUACUCAUCGGGUUGGGUCGUUUGUGGUCGGAUUACGAUGAUGCGAGAUGGCAAGGAAUUCGGCUGAUGGCUCACGACAAAGUUCUUACCGAAUUGACUGACGAGUCUCCGGAAGUGAGAGCGGCCGCCGUGUUCGCCAUCGGAAGUUUGCUGAAGAACUCGUCUCGUGCCAAUGAGCACGCUUCUGCAGUCGAGGAGAAUCUGGCCGACGAAUUGUGCAUAACUUGCGUGUUCGACAGCUCCGUCCUCGUCAGAGAAGAGCUCAUCGUCGCCCUCCAAUGGUUCGUGUUCGAUUUCGAGAAGAGAUUCGUCAAGCUGUUGCUGGAUCUCGCUGGUCAAUGCAAAUUCAAACUCCCGCAGAGAAGAAACUCGUUUGAAAACGAAAAUGAAGAAGGAUUCGACAUCGCCGCCGAAAUGCCUUCAAUACGCAAAAAUUCCCGUCAGCCGCCGAUCAACGAGUUCAUGCAACCGACGAUGCAUCGGAAGAAGAUGUCGACGAGUGUGUUCGCCACGGCGGUCGAGGAAACUGUAAUGGAGGACGACACCGGAAAAGUUUACACGAUCGAACACGAUGCCGACCAUGUGGAAAGAGAAUCAGCGGACGUCGAAUACAGGUAAAGAGGCGGGGAGGGGACUGAUGAUUCUCACGCAAACAGUUGGGAGUACAGGACGAGGGCGAUGUCGCAGAUCCAGCACCUGGAAGCGAAGACGUUUAACGAAGGAGUCGCCAGGACGUGGCUCGCACUGCUCCGUCUCUCAUUAGAUCCCAUCGAAAGAGUUUGCAACCUUCCGAAACCAUCUUCUAAGCUUUAUUUUCAGGUGGCUAGAAUGGCCCAGAAAAUAGUGAAGCGCGUUGAAGCCGGAAUUCCUGAGAUGCAGGCGAGCAUCGAUCAAACAAUGGAACACCUGAACAAGAAGAUGAUUGCUCGAAAAACAUCUAAAGCUCUAGUCGAGAUGCCAAGAAAACCGGUCGGGCCGUCUGCAGAAACCGCCUUGCUGGCACAACAGAUACAAGAAAGAUUGGAAAUUGAGAAAGGUAAGCGAUAUAAUCGUUGAAUAAAAGUGUCUUACCAUAUUUCCAUCGAGUUCCAGCAUCUGGUUCUGUGAACAAAGGAAUAGAUUUCACCGAACUGAAGAGGAUUCAGAGUGAGAAGCAGAGACGGAAAGCGAAGGGACAAUUGAAAAAGCUGCAAGAUGAAUCGAAGGUCAAGUUUCAAGUUGGAAGUCCCGGAGAACUCGGUCAGCAAAAUCGUCAGUGAAUGGAGACAUUGACAGAUAACAAUGAAUUGUACGGUUUGCAGGAAACCCAGUCUCUCCAGGCAGUUCGUUCACCGAUGAAACACAAAGCAGUCAAUUGUUCUCGAACUACGAAGACAGUGACGAAGAAGACCGUGAAGAAGAAGAAGAACUGCUCGAGGAAGAAGAAGAAGAAAGAUCGGCCACCGCAGAGAGGGAGAUCGCGCCGACGACGGCUUCAGGGAAGACCAUCGUCCGAGGACCAUUCAGAAGAUUGGAAAUUAUCGACGUGGCCACGAAAGAGUUCACUCCUAAACGAAGAAAUAACAUCGCCGGGAACAUGCCGAAGCAAGGAGCGCAGCCAGACUCAAAAAGUCUCCGCAAAGUGAUAGACAAUCCGAUAGUCUCCACGCAGUUCGUCGCGUGGUGCAGCAAAGUGUUCGUUGAACCGAUUCUUCACGUCAUCGCCCUCGAUGAGAUAAAAGCAGAUCAUCGGGAAAUGAUUGAAGAUGAAGACGAAUUCAUGCCAGAACGAUACAGAGAAAAGAUCAAGGAAAUGCAGGCGAACGACAGAAAGAAGGACGAAGCGAAGAGAGAAAAGGACAAGAAGGAAGGAAAGAAGGAGAAGAAUCAGGAAGAUGUGGUGGUCACCACGACGACCAUCAGCGAUUGGGCGAUUCAUGCGAUGGAAGGAAUGGUUCAGAGCGCGGAUCUCGAGGGAAGAGACUUCAAAACUUGCCGCUACGAUCACUGCCUCUGGCAGGUAAAACUGACCCACCCCGCCCGUUCUCUUGUCACUUCUAAGCUCAGAAGGUAUGCGUUGUGUUAGUGUGAUUCAAAUAAUCCCAUUCCUUCAGAUGUAUGUACGCGUCCGAUGGUCGGAUGAUGACAAUUAUCCGGCAGGACACGGACACCCGUAACUUCCGUCGCUUCGAUCUGACCGAUUCCAACCCGUUCUGCGCGGCGCCCAUUUCGCAAUUAAUUCUUAUCAACGAAGAGUCUCGUGAAAUGGUGAUCGCUUGCAGUCGGAAUGGAGUCGUUCGCAUCUGGGAUCCCUACUUUUACGGGUGGUGCGAUGAUUAUGAGAAGCCACCAGAGCUCGUUUCUGCCUCGUUUCCUCUUGAGACCCAAAUGAGACUGAGCGACACUACAAACAGGUGUUUGUAUGAGUAAGUUACCGCGUAUUGUCGCAGUUUACAAACUGUUAAUUUCAGUUGGAAUCAACCGAACGGAAAGUUGUUGUGCACGGGCACACGGAGUGUGCGUAUCUGGGAUGCUCACUGCGAGAAAGUUUGUCAGGAUGUGCCGUACUCGUACAGCAGUCUGCAAUCAAACGGACCUGCUAUCCGACUGGACAAGAACACUCUUCCGACCGCAAUGUCCGGAAAUCUCGACGAAAAGGGAAACAUGGUGUGCAUCGGAUACGGAGACGGCCGCGUCGACUACUUCGAUAUGAGAAUGGCCAGUCCGAAGGCUGCGAGAGCGAAUCUGGCGCCCGCGCUCGGAAAUCACUUCGAUAAAGUUUCUCCAGAAAUAAUGUACUUGAAAGUGAAUCGGAAAGGAUACGACACUGAAAUGUUUGCUGGAAACCGCGACGGAUCCAUCUACAAACUAGAACUCCGAAUGUUUAAGGUUCUUGUUUCAGUACUUCUCAUUUCAGUUCAAACCAAUUCGUUCAGGAGACAACUCCAUCAAUCGUGACUCCAUGGAAACCAGGACAACAUUCUCAAAUGACUGUGCACGACGACUCCAGAAUCCUGGCUUCUUCGUCUGGAGGAGAUCUUGCAAUCUACGACGUCUCUCAGAAUAAGCAGAUGGCGUCGAUUUCACCGCCAGCUGAUAUCGACCCAAUGCGAAGAGAAAGGAGCACCGGCGGGUUCGGACUGUUCACUUCACAAAAAAAAUCGUCAACGGCCACUUUGAGCGGUCGGCUGACUCAUGAGAGAUCGCCGAAGAUUGUCUCACUGACGAUGCAUCAGAUGAGGUAAGAAGUCGAAGAUGGUUUGAAAUUAUCUGGAUCUUAAUCAUUGCAGACUUCUCACUGUGGCUGGUUACGACGACAACACAGUCUGCGUGUACGGAUCCCUGAAUCCCGGUUUGACGGGGCACUAUGAAAAAGCGAAUCCGCGAAACGUCAGCUCUCCCCCUCUCAUUUAA